AUGGUUCAUACAUUUGAAUCAGUUCUUAGAGAUUCUGGAAAGCAGUGGAUUAUUGAAUUAACAUACAACUUCAAUGAACAGGAAACUAUCGAAGACGCGAGAAGAAUAACAUUGGAUGCGAUUGAUAAUAACUGGAAACCCGUGACUCUUAUACCAUUUUGUGCUGGAGAAGGGCACAAAGAACCGGUUUUGAUGAAUCCGUUGUAUCAAGUAAAGCAAGAUGUUGAAACAUUUAUCAAUUAUAGGAGAGCUCUCAAAAUAUAUAUUGAACAACUAUUGCAAGAAGCAAUUCGUUCAGAAAUUUUUGAUUCCUCUGAAUUGGAGAAGGUACGAUGA